UCGAGUAUCCUACUUAUGCAACGGAUCAGGCUUUUUGUGAUCUUGGCUGAGGACGCGCGCACGCACAAACACGUCUCACCCCUAUGCGCGCUCCCGUCGCUGCUGAGCCGACCCAUCGCCGUCCCUCGUCCAACGACCGAACAUGAUUCACCUCCCAGCGAACGCAGCCUUGUCCCGGGCCCGCAUUCCCCCGCUUUGUACGUGAGCCACGGGCAUGCCAGCGCCCCGGCCGCCCUCUUCCAGGCCAAUACAGACCCCCCGCUCAAGAUCAGGAUGUACUUCAACCGGCGAUCGAAGAAGAUCCACAGCGAGGGAGAGCAGUUAGUGUUGACUCUCAUUAGGCAGGAGAAGUCUCCUGACCACCUGGACCCAGAGCUGGGCGUCGGCGUGGCCGCCAUGCGCUCCCGACUCGCUAACAGGUUUGAAAAAACCUCGCCUCUCUCCCAUCAAUCGAACGGUGCAGGAACCUCUUGUUCAUCCGCCGGCUACCGCAAGGCAGAUGAUGAGAUGUCCGGGACUACUUCGCAGGCAGAUCCCAUAGAUGCUACGGCACGGACGAUUCUGCUAAACCAACCUCAGAACACCAAGUUCUGUGACAACCAUGUCAGUACCACUAAGUACGGGGUGUUUACCUUCCUACCUCGUUUCCUGUACGAGCAGAUCCGCCGCGCUGCCAACGCCUUCUUCCUCUUCAUCGCCCUAAUGCAGCAAAUCCCUGAUGUGUCUCCUACGGGUCGUUACACCACCCUGGUACCACUCAUCUUCAUCCUCACUGUGGCCGGGAUCAAAGAGAUCAUAGAGGACUAUCAAAGACACAAGGCAGACAACACAGUCAACAAUAAAAAGACCACAGUUCUGAGGAAUGGAGCCUGGCAGACCAUCAUAUGGAAACAGGUGGCAGUAGGAGACAUAGUGAAGGUGACCAAUGGGCAGCAUCUUCCAGCUGACAUGGUCAUAGUGUCCUCCAGUGAGCCUCAGGCCAUGUGUUACACUGAGACCUCCAACCUGGACGGAGAAACCAACCUGAAGAUCAGACAGGGUCUCACUCACACAGCUGGUCUCCAGUCUCUGGAGGAGCUGAUGGGUCUCUCUGGCCGUCUGGAGUGUGAAGAGCCCAACAGACACCUGUACGACUUCACUGGGACCCUACGGCUGGACAACCAAAAUGCGGUUCCUCUUGGUCCUGACCAGGUGCUACUGAGAGGUGCCCAGCUCAGAAACACACAAUGGGUUGUAGGAAUUAUAGUCUACACUGGACAUGACUCCAAACUGAUGCAGAACUCGACCAAGGCCCCUCUGAAGCGUUCUAACGUGGAGCGGGUGACCAACGUCCUCCUGGUGCUGUUCUGCAUCCUCCUGGUGAUGGCGCUAGUGAGCUCUAUAGGAGCCUCCAUCUGGAACAAACAACACACUGAGGAGGCCUGCUGGUACCUGUCACGCGCAGGGGACAUCUCCACUAACUUCUGGUAUAACCUGCACUUCAUCAUCCUCUACAACAACCUCAUCCCCAUCAGCCUGCUGGUCACUCUGGAGGUGGUCAAGUUCACACAGGCACUCUUCAUCAACUGGGAUGAGGAGAUGUACUACUCUGAGACAGACACACCCGCCAUGGCUCGAACGUCCAAUCUCAACGAAGAACUGGGCCAGGUGAAGUAUCUGUUUUCUGAUAAGACAGGAACUCUCACCUGUAACGUCAUGCAUUUCAAGAAGUGUACCAGCGGAAUCACAUACGGCCACUUCCCUGACCUAGAUGUUGAUCGUUCCAUGGAGGACUUCAGUCCCCUGCCGUCCAGCAGUCUUAACUCCACAGAGUUUGAUGACCCCACUCUCAUCCAGAACAUUGAGAAGAACCAUCCAACCUCUGCCCAAAUCUGUGAGUUCCUGACGAUGAUGGCGGUGUGUCACACAGUGGUCCCAGAGAGAGAGGAGGACCAGCUUAUCUACCAGGCCUCCUCGCCAGAUGAAGGAGCUCUGGUAAAAGGAGCCAAAGGUCUGGGCUUCGUUUUCACAGCAAGAACUCCUGGCUCCGUUAUCAUGGAAGCUAGGGGGAAGGAGAAGAGCUUUGAGUUGCUGAAUGUGCUGGAGUUUUCAAGUAACCGUAAGCGCAUGUCUGUAGUGGUCCGAACCCCCGAUGGGAAYCUGCGUCUGUACUGCAAGGGAGCAGAUAAUGUGAUUUUUGAGCGUCUCACUGAUGCGUCUCAGUACAAAGAGCUGACCAUCGCACACCUGGAACAGUUCGCCACCGAGGGUCUGCGGACUCUGUGCUUUGCCUAUGUUGAUCUGGAGGAGGGGGUAUACCAGGAGUGGCUGAAGGAGUACACCCGUAUUAGCACUAUCAUUAAAGACCGGGCCCAGAAACUAGAGGACUGCUACGAACUACUGGAGAAGGACCUGUUGUUGUUGGGGGCCACAGCUAUAGAGGACCGUCUCCAGGCGGGGGUCCCUGAGACCAUCGCUACUCUGAUGAAGGCCGACAUCAAGAUCUGGGUCCUCACUGGAGACAAACAGGAGACCGCCAUCAACAUAGGUUACUCCUGUCGUCUAGUUUCCCACGGCAUGUCCCUCAUCAUCGUCAACGAGGACUCACUGGAUGCUACACGUGCCACCCUGACAGCUCACUGUACGUCUCUGGGUGACUCUCUGGGGAAGGAGAAUGAGUUGGCUCUGAUCAUCGAUGGACAGACCCUGAAAUACGCCCUGUCCUUCGAGCUCCGCCAAGCCUUCCUAGACCUCGCCCUGUCCUGCAAGGCCGUCAUCUGCUCCAGGGUGUCUCCCCUCCAGAAGUCUGAGAUAGUGGACAUGGUGAAGAAGCAUGUGAAGGCCAUCACUCUGGCCAUAGGAGACGGGGCCAACGACGUGGGCAUGAUCCAGACUGCCCAUGUGGGGGUUGGCAUCAGUGGCAACGAGGGCAUGCAGGCCACCAACUCCUCGGACUACUCCAUAGCACAGUUUUCCUACCUGGAGAAGCUGUUGCUGGUCCAUGGGGCGUGGAGUUAUAACCGUGUCACUAAGUGUAUUCUCUACUGUUUCUAUAAGAAUGUGGUGCUCUACAUUAUAGAGCUGUGGUUUGCCUUUGUGAACGGCUUCUCUGGACAGAUCCUGUUUGAACGCUGGUGUAUAGGCCUCUACAACGUGAUCUUCACGGCGCUGCCUCCCUUCACUCUGGGGAUCUUUGACCGGCCGUGCAGUCAGCAGAACAUGCUACGCUUCCCCCAGCUAUACAGGAUUACCCAGAAUGCCGAGGGCUUCAACACCAAGGUGUUUUGGGGUCACUGUAUAAAUGCUCUGAUCCAUUCCAUUAUUCUCUUCUGGUUUCCACUCAAAGUUCUAGAACAUGACAGUCCUUUCAACAACGGUCAUGGAACUGACUACCUGUUUGUGGGGAACAUGGUCUACACGUAUGUGGUAGUAACAGUGUGUUUAAAAGCUGGUAUGGAAACCACUGCCUGGACCAGGUUCUCCCACUUGGCAGUGUGGGGCAGUAUGAUUCUCUGGAUGCUGUUCUUCACUGUCUACUCAGCUUUCUGGCCGUCCAUCCCCAUCGCUCCUGACAUGCAGGGCCAGGCUAGCAGAGUGAUGCAGUGCUGGCACUUCUGGCUGGGGCGCCUGGUGCCAGCAGCCUGUCUCCUCAAAGACUUUGCCUGGAACGCGUGAGUAACACACUCACAC